GGUUAUGUCAGUGUGUUAACUGGAGCAAUGACAUUGUACCAAACACUAAAGAACUCAGACUGAGGAAUGGCUUACACUUAUUCAUUUCGCAUGCUUUGAAAGUUGACCUUAGCACUGUCAAAAUGUCAUCCGGCACGACGGGUUUUUCGGAGGAGCAGCCGCGCAGAAGAGCUCAGGCUCCAAUGGGCAUGGACUACAUCCCCACAGAGGAGGAGAGGAGGGUGUUUAGAGAGUGCAACCAGGAGAGCUUUUGGUACAGGUCGGUGCCCUUCUCUGUGGUCAGCAUGGCUGUCACUCAAGCCCUUGUUGCCAGAGGGACCCUGUCUUCAUCACCAAGAUUUGGAUCGCUACCCAAAGUGGUCUUUGCUGGCUUCUGUGGCUACCUAGCUGGGAAGAUGUCGUACAUGAAGACAUGCCAGGAGAAGUUCAAGAGGUUGGAGAACUCCCCUCUGGGAGAAGCCCUCAGACAGAGGACAGGACUCCCUCAACAGUAUUCCAAGGGUCCUCAGUCAGAGCUGAGUGACUCAGACGCCCAGUCAUCUGACCCCAUGUUCCAGCCAACAGAAACCCCAAGCCAGAUGCCCAGCUACACCAGAGAUUAUGAAUAUGGCUUCAGGCCAGAGCCACCCAUGCCAGUAGACAGAGCAGAUGACUUCAACGCGCCAGCUUCAGUCCAGUCAUAUGUGGAAGAGGAGGAGCCCCGGAGGAAGCCUAUCCUCUAUGAGGACCUGAGGCUCAAAAACAGAGAAAACUACGAGGUCACACUCACCCAGAAGGCCGAGACAUUGCUCAAACCAGCCCCUGAGAAGGAGCGAGAAAGACCCAAGAAAGAGGUGAAGAAGAACAUCUACGGAGAUACCUGGGAGGAAUGAGUCCUUGUUUGAGCUUAAAAUGUGAUGUGUACACUGGCAUCACUGACACUGCAAUACGUAGACAGCUCAGUCGCCUUUUUGCUCAAGUGUGACUGAGCCUCAGGUGUCAUGAAGCUGUACAAGUUUCUGUGAGUCAAUUAAACAAA